UAAAGAUAUGUUAUAAUUCAAGAUUUAAAUUAUAAUCUUUACAAUGAUGAAACCACGAUUAUUCGAUAUAGGACAAGUUAUAAGGCGGUUCUCGAGCAAAGAUCCUCGAAAACUUUCUAAGGAGCAACAUAUAGACAAAUUAAUUGAAAAUUAUAGCGAAAAGAUUUUAUUUAGCUCUUAUGUAGAGAGUCGAACUAUGAAAUUCGGCUUUAGAAAAAAUAGAGCUUUAGAGUUAAAAUUAGAUGCCAUGAAAAAUAAAGAAAAAGAUAACAUUCGUCCAUUUCCAAUAUCAUUAAAAUACUUAAAUCCAGAUUUAUCUAUUGACAAUGAGCAACCUGAUGAUGAUCAAAAUGAAAAAUUGAAAACAGAAAAUGUGUAUUUACCAUAUGCUAAUAUUUCUAAUAAUUUACUAAAAGAAAAAACCUCCAUAAACAGUGAAAAUGAAUCUGACAUUGACGAUACCAGAGAAAAAAAAGAUGAAUAUAAAAUAUUUGAGAAAAUUAAUCAUAAUUGGAUGACAGACUAUAAAACAUAUGCCCAUGAUCUUGAAGAGGAAGGUGCAGAUGAUAUAAAAAACUAUGGUACUCCAGAUGCGAAUUAUACAAGAGUAGGGCCUCCUUGUGGUGGCUGCGGUGCAUUAUUAAAUUGUGUUUCAACAGGAAUGCCUGGUUAUUUGCCUAGUGAACUAUACAAAGGAAAAAGUGAAGAUGAUCUGAAGGGAGUUACGUGUCAGCGAUGCCAUUUUCUUAAAAACUACAAUAUUGCAUUAAAUCUUACAGUAGAACCAGAUUACUACAAUACUCUUUUAAGUUCAUUGAAGGAUAAAUUUGGACUUAUAGUAUUAUUGGUUGAUCUUUUAGAUUUUCCAGGCUGCAUAUGGCCUGGCUUAUCAGAUUUGAUUGGCAAGAAUAGACCUAUAUUUAUUGUAGGAAAUAAAGUAGAUCUGAUUCCCAAAGAUUCAAGUGGAUAUCUAAGACGAAUUGAAGAUUGUUUGAAGGAGGCUGUAAUAAAAAUUGGUUUUGAUGAAAAAUAUAUUAAACAUAUUACUUUAGUAUCAGCUACUACAGGUUAUGGCAUUGAGAACUUGAUUACAACACUUCAUCAAAAAUGGGGUACCAAAGGAGAUGUAUACAUCAUUGGAUGUACUAAUGUUGGAAAAAGCACAAUUUUUAAUGCUCUUUUAGGAAGUGACUUUUGUAAGUUUCAAGCAACAGAUUUGAUACAACGCGCUACUGCUAGUCCUUGGCCAGGCACCACAUUAAACAUGCUCCGGUUUCCAAUACUUCGGCCUUCUGGUAUGAGAAUGUAUAUUAGAAAUGAGAGACUUAAAAAAGAAAGCCAGGAACUGAAAGCUGAAAAAGAAUUAAGAAAACUUCAAAUGACACAAGGAAGAGUUAAAAAUCCAGUCACACUUAUUGGACAUAUAGGUCAAACAUUUCGAGUUAACUUAGCGAAUGAAGAAAGUAAAGAUAUGUUUUCAGUUAGACAAUCUUGCAAUGCAAGAGAAACCACAGGAAUUAAUGAAAGGAAUCGAGAAUUUAGAGAGACUAAAUGGUGUUAUGAUACACCUGGUGUUAUGCAUGAUAAUCAGAUUUUAGAUUUAUUAACUACUGAUGAAAUACUAAUGACAUUACCAAAGAAAACUAUAAGAAUUAGAAAUUAUUGUAUUCAGCCGAAUUAUUCAGUAUUAUUAGCAGGAUUGGGUCGUCUUGACUAUGUAGAAGGCAAUGCACCGAUAAGGCUCUCAGUCUAUGCUUCUGAAUCCUUACCAGUUUUAAUAUGCAGAACAGAGGAUGUUGAUGAAAUAUACAAAUGUUUUUUAGGAACGCCUGUGCUUGGGAUACCUCACGGUUCAGAUAAAAGGUUAGAGCACUGGCCAGGUUUAAAAGCAAGUGAUGAAGUCAUUAAUGUUGUAGGAGAAUCUGGAGAAAAGGCUGUUGCAGAUUUUUUGUUAUCAUCUGCGGGAUGGAUAUCAGUCACACCAUUUCCUGAUCAAAAGGCAUCUUUUAGACAUUAUACAUUAGCUGGUCGAGGUGCUAUAGUAAGAAUGCCUUCAUUAAUUCUGUAUGGUGCAUCUGUAAGAGGAGCGAGAAUAAGGAAAUCACCGGCUUAUAAAGUAGUAGACCACCACAGCAAAAAAUAUGGAAAUUUAAUGUGAAUAGA